CUUAAGCGAGAAAAACUGACUACCUCUAAUGCUAUUGAGUCCAACUAGAUGGUUCUUCAUUCAUUUGCUCACACACCUUUGGUCUGAGGAUAUCUUUAUUCAAUUUCAAACAAGUUUGAAUUAUCUCAAGCAGAAAAAUGUUGUUGUGUACAUCCGACAAAGGGUCCUCUGCUGGCCGGGUUCCUCGAG